GAGAGCUCCGACGACUUGCGCAGAACUGUUGCUAGCAACAACAACUAACACAUCCGGUAGAGAGGAUUUUGACUUGCUCCAAGAAACGGAAAACAGCAAACAUGCCUACCAAUCCAGAUGAGCCCUAUUACUGUUCACAACAAAUCAACAUCCCUCCAUCUCUACCUGACAUUCUAAAACAGUUCACCAAGGCAGCCAUACGCACACAGCCCAAGGAUGUCCUUGCUUGGUCAGCAGCUUAUUUCAGAGCCAUGUCCAAGGGAGAAACCCCACCUGUGAAGGAACGUCUAGAAAUGCCAGUCGCCACACAAAAGACGGAUACAGGAUUGACUCCAGGUCUUCUCAGAGUUUUGAACAAACAGCUGGGUCCCAAGAAGAUGGUCCCUCUGAGUGUGGUGGAAGAAAAAUGGCAGGAUGUAGCACUUCCCAAAGAGCAGUUCGAUGAGAUCGUUAGAAUUGGCAGCUUUGGUGGUGAUGUAGAAUGGAACAAAUUCUUCACAUUGGCUUGUUCAGCAUUAGGGGAGAACCUGACAGAUGCGUUGAAGCUCGUGUGCGAGAUUCUGACAGCAGAUCCUGAGGGCGGCCCUGCCCGGAUACCUUUCCCCCUGUUCAAAGAGUUAUACACAUACCUUGCACAAAUUGAUGGGGACAUUUCACAGGGACACAUAGACGAUACCAUCUCCCACCUCAAAUACGAUGUUGAUAAACAAGAUGGAUACAUCCAACCUAGAAAUUUCCUUAGUCCAGAUGGUCCAAAGUUAUCCAUGCAGACAACAUCUUAGGGGAAAACAAUGGACCAUUUUGUGUUACACUCUGAACAUAUCAAAUCACUACCCGGAGCAUCAUUCUACAUUUAAAUUUGUCUCGCAUACAUUUACGGAGGACCAUUACAGCAAAACUUUCAUUGUACGAAACAAAAACUGUGUCAAACCUCAAAAUGUCCGUCCUCGGAACCUACAGUGCUGUGAUUAUUGCAUUUCAUUGCGAUUCACCGAUUCGAUUCUGCUAUUUAUUUCAAAAUAGUGGGAGAACUUUGUAAAUAAACUGAUAUACACAAUAACAUACAGUUACUGUGUUUACAGUGAUACUCAUAUUAAUAUUGAAAACAAUUAUUUGAUAUUUUGAUAAAAUGACAGUAGCAUUUUUUAAUUCUUGUACUGUAGGCAGAUGAUAUCUUUUCAUUUCCUUUAUUAUCAGUUACAUUCCCUUAAGGUAGAGGAAGUUAUUUAAGAUACCCAAUAUAUUUCAUCCAAUUCAAGAGUGUAUCUUGCAAAUGUUUCAAUGAUAGGUAUUUUCAUAAGUUACAUUCCCUCAAGAUAGAGAGGAAAUAUUUCUUAUUUUUCCAUCCAAUUGUAGUAUUUUAUCGUUAAAAAUAUUCCAGUUAUAUGGGUUUUUUUUACCUCCUCACAAUUUAGAAGAAUUGUUAAAGAUGUUUCCAUCCACCUAAAGAGUGUAUCUGAUAAAUAUUCCAGUCGUAGAUUUUAUAUUUUUCUUCAAAACUGUUAAGUAUUUAUUAUAAAGUCUAUCGUAGUUGAACAUUUUAUCUUAAAAUUAUCGUUUUCAUAUUUAAGAAUUUCUGUCUCACUGCUGAAAAAAGUUCAGGUUCACAAAGAAAACUUGUUCCAAAUGUUCUUUCGGUCAUCUAUAUAUUUAUUUUAGAUAUCUUAAGCUGUUAGAAAAGGUUAUAUCUUCAUACAAUGAUUGUUCUUAAAUAUGAUGUUUUGUUUGUUCUGAAAACUGUACAUGUCUGAAUAUUAAAUUUAUUAUGUCAUAAUUAAACUUCUAAGCUAAAGC